AUGUGUUCGUGGGUUUGCAACGCAUGGGCACAGACCGAUGGAGACGCUGUCGUUAACUCCAUCAUUGGUGCUGGCUUUGCAGACAACUACCAAGACUGGUUUGUUGCUCGACAUGACGUGUACGGUACGUUGUUUCGAGAGAGCUACAAGACGGACGAUGACAGCAGUGUGGAUGCGGAUGUUUUCAACCUUGACGCUCUGGACAACGCUCAUGAUGAAAUUGAAGUUGUGAUUGAUGAAUAG